GAAAAUCCCAAUUAACCGAAAGAAUAUCUAAAAAAACUAAAUAUCCGCAAACUCAAAUAUCCCGAAUAAUAGAUGAAUUUCUCGAAGAAACCAAAAAAUCUCUCCUCAAAGGUGAAGAAGUGAGAUUACAAGGUUAUUUUACUUUGAAAACUACCAUUACCAAACCCCGUAUGGCUAUGAAUUUACAGACUAAGAAAAAGAUGAAAGUUCCCGCGAAAAGAGUGUCAAAGUGUAAAUUCUCUACUUCCCCAAAAGAGGAAAUUAAAGAAGGAAAGCAAAUUAAUUUCACAGUUGAAGAAGGCAAACAAGGGGCUAAUUUGUUGGUAGAUUUUGUGAUUGAAAACUUUUUAUUUCUGCUAUUUAUCCUAUUAUUUGGUGAUAGAGAUAGUUUAGCGGAGCAAGUAAAAAGGCCUAAAAAAGUAAGUAAUAUUAUGGUAACUAAUAAUAAAUUAAAACAAUUAAACUUAAAUCCUUUGUCAGUGGCAAAGUAUUUUUGGGAAAAAGGUAUUGAAGACAUGGCCAUUACUCAACAUUUAGUUUAUUUCACCUAUCUCGAAGCCAUGAAACAAGGAUAUUUGCUCUUUACCGAAGAAUGGCAAGCCUGA